AUGGAAUCCUUUAAGUGUCCUUUCAGUCCCCUAAUUUCUCUGAUCCUUCUCCUGUUCCAUUCAGAGGUUUCCUGUGGCCCUGCACAAAGAAGACUCUACAAGAUGCAAACCUUCAGAAUCUGGGAUGUAAACCAGAAGGUCUUCUACUUAAGUAAUAACCAACUAGUUGCCGGAUACUUGCAAGCAGCCAAUGAUAAAUUAGAAGAGAAGAUAGAAGUGAUGCCCAAUGAGUCUCAUAAUGUGUUCCUGGGAGUCCACAGAGGGAAGCUGUGGCUGUCCUGUGUCAGGUCUGGUGAUAAGAUGGCACUCCAGUUGGAGGACAUUAACAUCACCGACCUGGUCAGGAACAAGGAGGAGGCCAAACGCUUCACUUUCAUCCACUCACAGAAUGGCCCUACCACCAGUUUUGAGUCAGCUUCCAACCCUGGCUGGUUCCUCUGCACAGAGUCUGAAGGGGAUGGACCCGUCAGCUUCACCAACAAGCCCAGAGAUGCCACCAAGCUCACCCAGUUCUACUUCCAUGAGGAACCAUAG